AUGCUCGGCAAAUUCAUCUCCGAAACGUACAACAAAGUGAAGAGCAAAGCAGAUGAAGUGAGACUGCACGUAAGCGUUCAGGCCAUAAAGGCGAAGGAAGUUUUCGGGCUGGUCAAACCAACCACUGUGGAGCAACUGGAGGUUUUACUAAACUAUGAGCUGCAACAAAUAGACACAGCGGAAGCCCUAAUAGGAACAUAUAAAAAAUGGAUUUACAAUUUAUCUCAGUCGGAAAAAUGUGACUGCAUAAGGUACUAUAAAAGUGUUAAUCGGGGCAGCGAAAAGAGGGAGUCCGCAACAUCCAGCGCCCGCUCCUUCACCAACAGCAACGAAGAACAGAAGGAUAAUACCUUCCAAGUGAAAAGAAGAAGCGAACAUACCCUAUCGAAUAGCAACAUCACGAGUGCUUGUAACAGUGAUAUCGUCGAUGCGUAUGACUCCUACUGCAAUAGCGAGGAUGAGCCUGCAAAGGGGGGGGCAGAUCUGGAGGAACAGCAUCAGAGCAUUGCAGGAAUGGUAACUCCGGUUAAGUUAAACGACAUCUUUGAUGCGGAGCCGAGGCGUCACGUGAUGCUAGGCAGCCAGGAGGGUCUGCCACAUGAAACGACCAUCGCGGAGAAGAAUAAAAGCAACGCGGACGAGAGUAAAGGCAACACGGACGAGAGUAAAGGCAACACGGACGAGAGUAAAGGCAACACCGCCCAGGAAACCGCCCACUCCACGAGCAAGUGCGAACCCAGCCAGAACGCAAACAAAGAACAGCCAGCCAGCUACAUCUAUGAUGAUCACUACGGAUACAAUUUUAAAGAAUUCUUUCUAAAGAGCAACAUUCUGGAAAAGUCAAUAAGCCUAAUUUUAGAAAAAAGAGAUAUCAGAUUAUCGCUAGUUGGACCCAUAGAAAAAGACGAUCUAGAAAACCCUAGAACGACUAUUCUAACCCUGUUCAGUCACUGCCUAAUUGGAAAUCAAAAGCUCCACAAAGAUAUCCUCUUCAUAAUCUUAACAACGGAUAAGCUGUUUGACAAUCACAAAGAAUUAUUUUUAGAACUACUAGCUGUUCUAAAGUAUGACUACUUAGAUGUGUAUUUGAUGAACAUCAGGAAAAUCGUAUCAGCUGAGGUUCUUUCCCUAAAGAGUAAAAUACAAAUGUACGAUUCGAAGCUCAUCAACGUUAGUAAGCUCUCCUCCAUGGACAUCCUCAGCCCGAGGACCAGCGUCUCCUCCAUCGAUUUCGACAAGGAGGAGCUGCACUCCCAGCAGUAUGCAACGCGUCAAACGGGGAAGAGAGAUCUCGAGGUGUCUUCCCCCCCAUUCAGCUUCGAAAGUUUGGACGGCCAACCGCUUUACACACAGGAGCACAGCGGCGCUGCCCAGUUGUCAGACCAUCCGCACCCACUCGGGGUGACCAACACAACAAAUCCAGCUAACCAGAAGAAUGAGGAAAAUACAUUCGAUACGGAAGGCGCGUGGGAAAAUGACCCCCCCAAAACGGAACUCAGCAAAGAAAUCAGCAAAGAAAUCAGCAAAGAACUCUGCAAAGAACUCGGCAAAAAACUCAGUAACGAACUCAGCAAAGAACUCCACAGAGAGGACUCCCCCGCAGACGAAAAGGAAAUUAUAGAAUCGAACAAAAUGCAGCAAAUAAAAAUACUCGCCUCAGCAAAACUGAUAGAGUUACACAAAAUGCUACAAAGGAUCCUCCAAGUGGCCACGGAAAAUAGACAAAAGAGGAAAGUAGAAAUCAAAGUGAAGUUAGAAGAGCUGAAGAAAAUCAUGGAGGUCUGCAAAAAGGAUUGCGAAAUAACUCUACAUGAUACGGAAGAUUCAAAAGUACACAUAGAAAAUGUCUACGUAAAGGAACUGGACCUAAGAACGAGCAGCAUUAACCAAACACAAGAACAAGUAGACCAGAUGAAAAGAACCAUAGAAGAGCUAUUAAAAAAGAAAAGGGACCUCUACAAUGAGUAUAACCUUAUAUGCAAUGAAAUAAACAUAAUGAACAAACAACUCUCCACUGUCCUAUCCACCCUGACAGCUUAUAAAAAGGAAUUAAAUCAAGCCGAAGUGGAAUAUUUAAAUAAACUCUCAAAUACAAAUAAAGCCAAACAUAUGCACCAGGAGAGGAAAUUAUACGUAUCAAAUUUGGAUAACAUCUCGGAUGAAAUUUUAAGAGAAUAUGAAAGUUCGACCUACAUAAGUACAGACGAGUUGGUUUCCAAAACGCUGAAAAUGAAGAAGCCGCUAAACAAAGUUAUUACUAACCAUUUGACCUAUCUGAAGGAUAAACUGUGCUUGCUAAAUGCAUUGCUAAAAUUUUAUGUGCACCGGGUGAAGUUCCUCCUGGGGCAGCACCCCACUGAGGGGGGGGCAGCGGAGGGGAAAGCCACGGAAGGCAACACCAUGGGGGUUAUGCAGAGCCACUCCGCGAAAGACACGGAAGGCAACACCGUGGGGGAUGUGCACAACCACUCCGCGAAAGAUAUGGAAAGCAACGCAAUGGGGGGAACGCACACCCACUCAGAGGUAUAUCCGGAACGCAACCCCCUGGGAGACGAACCCAACUCCCUCGCCCCCCCAAACCAUCAAGAGCAGGCCAGAAAACUAAAACUCAUCAAGUAUAAAAAAUGCUACUUCAAAAUUAUCGAGCAGAUAAGCAAAGUCUGGGUAGCCAUACAAGAAUUUUACGACCUCAAUAAAGAGAACAUAGACGAUGCUGAAGGGGACUGCCCCGCCGAUGCCGUAUACCAGCAGAUUAACGAUCUGUACAAUUACAGCAAGCGGUUUAUCAUGCAGAAUGGCUCCCUCAUUUCGUCAAUUUCGUGA